GUGCGGCGGCCGGAAGUGUGUGUUGCUAUGGGAACGCUGCACGCAGCUCCGCGCCGCCUUAGCGGGGUCGCUGCGGUUCGGCCUUGUUGAGGGGGUGCAGAAUGCAUGCAGCUGAAAAGAAAGUCCGUGCCUUUGUGCGAGUCAAGCCAACAGCUCAUUUUGCUCAAGAUGUGAUCAAGUUUGGGCCAGACAACAAGAGCAUAGAUAUAUACAUCAAAAAAGAUGCCAAGAAGGGAGUUGUGAAUAACAAACAGACCGACUGGUCCUUCAGACUGGAUGGUGUCCUUCACAAUACCUCCCAGGAACUGACGUAUGAGACUGUAGCUAAGAAAUUGGUGUCUGAAGCUUUAACUGGCUAUAAUGGUACAAUAAUGUGCUAUGGGCAAACAGGGGCUGGUAAAACUUACACAAUGACUGGAGCAACUGCAGAGUACAAGCAUCGAGGCAUCAUACCCCGAGCUGUGCAGCAGGUCUUCAAAGCAAUCGCGUGUUCUGUUGAUUCAUUCAUCACUGUCAGGAUAUCCUACUUGGAAAUCUACAACGAGACACUGUGUGACCUUCUGUCCACCACGACAAGCAGUGGGGCCAGUGACGUGCAGAUGGCUGUAGUGGAUUGCCCACAGGGUGUUUAUGUGAAAGGCUUAUCUAUACAUUCUGUUAGCGACGAGGAGGAUGCUCUCAAUCUCCUUUUUGAGGGUGAGACCAACAGAGUGAUAGCAGAACACUCGCUGAAUAAAAAUUCCUCCAGAUCUCAUUGCAUCUUUACUAUCUAUAUUGAGACUCGUGUCAGAGUUCUCUCAGAUAUCAGAUGCAUUAAUUCUAAGAUCAACUUAAUAGACUUGGCAGGAUCUGAGAGACUGAGCAAGACUGGAUCUGAAGGCCGGGUGCUGAAGGAAGCCGCGUACAUCAACAAGUCUCUGUCAUUCCUUGAGCAAAUCAUCAUUGCCCUGGCUGACCCGAAGAGGGAGCACAUCCCCUUCCGGCAGAGCAAGCUUACCCACGUUCUCAAGGACGCCUUAGGGGGAAAAUGCAAUACUGUCCUAGUGGCCAAUAUCUGUGGGGAAGCUCUGCAUGUAGAGGAGACUUUGUCUUCUCUUCGUUUUGCUACCAGAAUGAAAUGGAUCACAACAGAGCCAGUCGUUAAUGUGACAUACGACUCAGAGGGAACAGUGAAGACUUUGGAGAAGGAAAUCAGUCUUCUGAAGCAGGAGCUGGCCAUGCAUGACAGCUUGGUAAAUCGUUCUUUGGUGACUUAUGGCCCUCUGACUGAUGUCCAGGUAGCAGAGAUUAAAUCUCAAAUCCAUAAAUAUCUACAAGGAACCAUUGAUGAAAUUGAUAUAAUGAACUUCAGGCAAGUCCAGGAGGUAUUUAGGCAGUUCAAGCUGAUUGUAAGACAACAGGAAGGUGAAGUGGAAACCAGAUUACGAAGCAAGUAUGUUCUGAUAGACAAAAACGACUUUGCUGCUAUUGCUGCUGCUCAGAAGUUGGGUAUAGUUGAUGUGGAUCACCAUUUGUUGAAGAGACGAGAUGUGGAGACCAGACCUACCCCAGUUUCACCCAAACCUGAUGAGAAGAAGAAGAAAUUCAGGACAAGCAGUGAGCAGUUCAAGAAGGAAGGAACUAAAAGCUUCUUUUCUGGGAGAGACCAGGCUGCUCACUUACCAUCAAAAAGUCAGGUAGUCAUUCCCACCAAGAAUUUGGAUGUGAAAGAGAAAGCAAGGAAUGAGGAUACAGCAAAAAAUGAUGCACAGCCCUCAAAGCCAGUCUCUGAGGAGAUUUCCCAGCGGCCCAGCUCCCCUCCAUCCAGGGCAGUGGCAUUUGAGCAAUUUAAGGAGGAGUGUGGAAGUGAGAUCAACAGGAUCUUUAAAGAGAACAAAAGCAUCCUCCUCGCCAGGAGGAAGAGAAGCAGUACGGUUGCCCGGAGGAUCAACACCAUCAAACAGGAAAUGGAGGACAUCAAAAAGGCUCUGGAGGCUCAGAGGCAGGAGCGGUCGCAGCAGGGAGAGUAUGUUGAUGAGAAAGGACGCCUCAUCAUUGAUGAGAAGGAGUUUUUACUCAUCAUGAAGCUAAAGGACCUGAAGGAAGAGUACAGAUGUAGCUAUGCUGAACUGCAGGACCUGAAGGCAGAAAUCCAGUACUGCCAGCACCUGGUGGACCGGUGCAGGAACAAACUCAUCUCAGAGUUUGAGAUCUGGUACAGUGAGUCUUUCCUCAUCCCCACGUAUGUGCAGAAUGCCCUGAAGCCCAGUGGCAACAUCAGACCUGGAAUGAUUCCCAUAAACAGAGUGAUGUGCCUGAAAGGCGUGCAAAGAGUUUUGAAGCUAAUCAUAGACAGAUUCCUCCUAUCCUACUGAAGUUGUUCCCUUGAGAUUAUGAAUAACAAACAUUAUGUAAGGAAAAGAUGUAUAAGUUUGCUUUCAAACAGAAUGCUGUGAUGUAUCAGCCUGGAAAACUGCAGAUGCAAACUCUAUGCAGAGAAGAGCCUAAAAAGCCCCAGCCAAAGGAAAAAAGCAACCCAAACCCCUUUGGAUGAUGGUCAGCAGGGAGACUGACUGCACUGCUCCAGGGUUCCACUCUUUGGGGAAAAGAGGAAAUCCAUCACCAGUCACUUUUACCAACCAGGGUUACUCAGUGUAUUCACAGAAACUCCCUCAAUGCUUUCCAGCCCUGGACUUGCAAUCAUCACCUCAAUUAAAACCCAAAAGAUGAAUGAAACGUGCCUUUUAGCACUGUUUUGCAGCUGUGUCAAGUUGAUGAUGUCACAGGCAGAAAUCUUCACACAGAGGUUAAGCAGUGUCCCUUGGAAUGCUGUUCAGCACUGGUUUCUCUUUCUGCUUUCCCUGAGAGCAGGUCACUGAGGUUCCCAGUUAGUGCCACUGGCAGUGCUGCUAUUCCUGCAAAGGUUUCCUUCCACCUUUGGACCAUUUUUUCCUUUUCCAGACUGAUUCUCCAUUGCUCUCAUCAGGGUUUGCACCUUUUCCUCGUGCUUUGAGUCAGUUUGGCCAUUCACCUUUUAGCACGCCACAAAGUCACUGUUACCUUCUGCAAGCUGCUCGUGAUCAGGAGGUGACCAAAGAAUCUGCCAGAGCGCUCCUCAAACAUGGACACAUUAUGCACUGGCUGAUACCUGAUUCCACGAUUCUCUAACUCUAAAACAUUGUGCUUCCAUUCCACCCAUGCUCUUGGUGCUCUCAUGCCAUUCAGAACGUUGCCUGGAGCGAUGUGGGCAUGGGACAGAACGUGCAGCUCAGAGUUCUUUCUGCUGGGAGAUCACCCUGCAGUGGAGACAGUCCCAUGGGUAGAUACAGCUGGAGAAGACAGCUGAGGAAACUCCCUCCAAGAUUCUAUGCUUGCAGAUGGCCUUUGCAUAAAUUCCUGCCCAGAUCUGUUCAGCUAAGGAAGGGAAAGGGGGCACCUACCACUCCCAGCCCAUGUCCUGAGGCUUCUGAGAACAAUGCAACAAAUGGAAUCAGCCACAACGUGCGAUUUUCACGUGGCUCUGUCUUUCUGCUGGCAGGAGGAAGAUGAGCAGGAAAGGUUCGAGCGGAUGCAGGAGGCGAUGCUGCCCGCUGGGCCGGAUUCUGUCUCAUUCUACAAGGCAAAAAUGAAAACUGAUCAGAAGGUGAUGU